CAGAGCUGCCAUGGGCGGUACUCCUGUCUAGUGCUCCAUCGGUAACACUAAGCUGCAGAGCUGCCAUGGGCGGUACUCCUGUCUAGUGCUCCAUCGGUAACAAUAAGCUGCAGAGCUGCCAUGGGCGGUACUCCUGUCUAGUGCUCCAUCGGUAACACUAAGCUGCAGAGCUGCCAUGGGCGGUACUCCUGUCUAGUGCUCCAUCGGUAACACUAAGCUGCAGAGCUGCCAUGGGCGGUACUCCUGUCUAGUGCUCCAUCGGUAACACUAAGAUGCAGAGCUGCCAUGGGCGGUAUUCCUGUCUAGUGCUCCAUCGGUAACAAUAAGCCGCAGAGCUGCCAUGGGCGGUAUUCCUGUCUAGUGCUCCAUCGGUAACAAUAAGCCGCAGAGCUGCCAUGGGCGGUAUUCCUGUCUAGUGCUCCAUCGGUAACAAUAAGCCGCAGAGCUGCCAUGGGCGGUACUCCUGUCUAGUGCUCCAUCGGUAACACUAAGCCGCAGAGCUGCCAUGGGCGGUAUUCCUGUCUAGUGCUCCAUCGGUAACACUAAGCCGCAGAGCUGCCAUGGGCGGUAUUCCUGUCUAGUGCUCCAUCGGUAACACUAAGAUGCAGAGCUGCCAUGGGCGGUAUUCCUGUCUAGUGCUCCAUCGGUAACACUAAGAUGCAGAGCUGCCAUGGGCGGUAUUCCUGUCUAGUGCUCCAUCGGUAACAAUAAGCUGCAGAGCUGCCAUGGGCGGUACUCCUGUCUAGUGCUCCAUCGGUAACACUAAGAUGCAGCACCACCUGCAGCCUGGGGGAGAAAACCCAGCUUUCCCCUGAGAGAAACACAGGGAUCCCUCACACCCACCCUCCCCCAACACACAUGCUGAAAACAGAACCACUACAAUAACAAAGUAAAAAAAAUAGCUUUAUGUGGUGAUGGAAAGACUUCCUCUUAACACUUACCAUUCCCUCUGCUUGGAAUGCAUAUAGAAAACUUUUAAUAGGACUAAAAUUGUACACUAUAACUAAUUCUCAGUAUCUAGACCCCAUUCUUCUUCCUCUUCUUCCUGAUUUUCUUUCCUAGUCCAUUUCUUUUUGUCCAGUAUUCCUUUUGUUCGUAGGCAGUUCCACUGUGAGUCCUUUACUCUUUCUCAAUCAUUCAUUGCUCACUAUGUGUCAUGUUCUAUUCGAUGUUGGGGAUGUAGCAAUGAAUGAAACAGAAGACCCCUGAGCUCAUGUUCUAUGGGGAAGUUGAAGUAGAAAAAAACUCAAAGGAAUAAAUAAGGGAAUUUCAAGAGGUUUGAAGGAAAUUUAACUAGUUAAUGUGAUAGAGGGACCUAGGGAUAGGGAAGGGCAUGGACUGCUUUAGAAAGGAUGGGAAAUCUCUUGGGGGAGAUUAAAAUUGAACUAAGAUGUGAAUUGCAUAGAAAAAUUCAGCCAAGGAAAAGCAUUCCAGAGAAAGAGUGUAGCAGUGCAAAGGCCUUGCAGAAGGAACCAGUUAAGAAAGUCCAAAGAUGAAAGAAAGCUAGUGUAGCUAGAGCUUGAAGAAUGAGGAUGGCAGUGGGAAGAUGUGAAGGUCAGUUUGCAGGGGCCGGAUAUAUCAGGCCUGGAAGGUGAUAUAGCUGUUUGAAUUUUAUUCUAAAUGCAAUGAGAAACCAGCUCCUAGCAAGAUAAUAAAUUGUUUUUCCAGAAUGUUAACUGUCCAUUAUUUAGUUCCUUUGUAUUCUCAUAAGCUGAUCAUAUAAACAUUCCGUGACAGUAGGGCAUCCAUUAGAGAUUUAUUACAUAAGGGAACAUGGGACAUGCAAGAGCAGAUGACAAACGUAGAAACUCUCUACUUCACUUGGUAUCUCUGUCCUUUCCUCAUCUUUCUGAUAUUUUAAAGCUCUGUGUUCCUGCAUACAUAUGCUAUCUGUUCCUUCAUUCUCUUUGAUAAAUUCAUCAUUUGCCUUUACACUGUCAUCUGUUUUUACUCCCAAAUGGUUAACAUAGGUGCUUUUUUUGGAAUCAGUUUAUUAUUUCAUAUUUCUGUGUCAGUCGCUAGGAGAAAGACCAGGAAAAUAUGUUAAACUCUAAACCAAAAAUUCCCAUUCACUGCAGAGUAAUGAUUCCCAGCACUGCUGCAAUUCAGGUAGUGGGGUGAACGGAAGCCACAACACAUCACCACCACAGUCCUAAGAAAUUAAUUUUUUUGUUUGUUUUGGUCUGCUAGCUCUUCCAAAUUUCCAAUUGUUUUUGACAUAGUCCCAAGGAUUUUCCAAAUAAUAUCCAACCUAGAAAACAGUUUCAGUUAAUAAGCAUGCUUCAGCAAAUUCUAUUGUAGUUGGGAUAAAAAUAUCCACCGGCUUAAAAUUACCCAAUUUUAUGUCAUGUGUUGCUGUAACUCAACAGUGCAUCGUACUGCACAUAAAAAUCCCACAGUAAUCAACACCAAUUAAAGUGCCUCUCCACCUAAAUCAAAUUACCAGCUAAAUAAAUUCUCCCAAAUGAGGAGUGUAUUAAGGUAAAUUAGAUUAGUUCAAUCAAACUUGUAUUCUGCAGUUGCACUGUAAUAUUCUCACCAUUUGUCUUCAAACAACAACAGGAAAAGAAUUUACAAUGCAAUGUUCCCAUUAAAGAAACAACAAAAUCAGUUAUCAAUUUUUAAGCAAACAAAAUUUUCCUCCCUUCUUUCAGCAUUUACUGGGGUAUGUAGUAGGUUCUGCCUGGCGCAGCCUACCAGUGAUAGAUGAUAAAAACCCAGGCCACCAGUAGUGCCCAGUCUGGGUAAGAAUAUGGAAUAGAUGCAGAUGGGUUUGCAGGAAGAAGUCUACUUGAGAACUCAUUUGAUACAGGGAGUCAGAAGUUGCUCUAGAGAGAGGAGGUGAUGCUCAAGGUGAACCCUGGAAGAGGUGUAGGUAUUUGUGAAGUAGUUAAGAGGAGGGGAAGACGUCCCAGGCAGAGGCACAACUUGACACAGUGAAAGUGUCAGGAAAAACAGAUGAAGCUAGAGAAGUCAGAGAGCCAAACAGGGAGGGCAUCAAAUGCCAGAAGCAGGUUUAGACUACAUUGAGGAGAGCCAGCGAACCUGUGACGACUUUAGGCAGGGAGAUGAUCCGAUUUGCCCUCUAGAAAAAUGUUAGAAAGAUCUGCAUUUGGCUGUAAUGUAGAGAAUGGGUGGGAGAAGCUAGACUAGAAGCUGAGACCUGAAACGAGGUCAUUGGAGAAAUUCUGAUAAGACUUGAAGGGAGCAUGACCUAGGGCUGUGAGAGUGUGGAAGAGAGGAAGAGGCUGGUUCUAGAGAAGUUUAGAAAGUAGAAGAGAACCCUAUCUGUUGUUUCCCCAAGCAUCCCUCACUUCAAUCCGAGCUCUUACUCUGGCAUUUGAGGCUUUCCCUGAUGGACUCUUGUGAUGUGGGAUGUGAGGCAGAGGGAAGGAUGAAUGCCUUGGGUAAGGUAAGGACCUGUGCCCAAGCAAAGAAAGAUGGCCUAUUAUCCAGAAAGGACAAAUUCACUAGAGUGCCAUAGGGACCUCCAACUUAAGCUGCCAUUCCCAGUCCAAAAAUUAAAAAGUCAGAUUAGGUGUUAGAUAUAGUGAACUCAAAGUUUUUCUUCAAAGAAUCAGUGUGUCAGUAUCUUCAGCUCUCUUUUUCUUUAAUUCUCCAUUUUAAAGUUUAAUUUCCUAGUUCAUUGAACCUCCUUGCCUCUAGUUUUGGUAAACAACUUUCCCACCAGUUCUAAUCAGCUGUAACCAUCUCUCUCACCAAACUACCCACCCCACCACUCCAGCUCAUACCCCUGCUCUCUUUAAAAUAGCACACAAAUGCGGAAAGGGCAAUGACAGAUGACAGAUGGGCAGGGCAGGGCAGCCCAGGAAGAGCAAAUGAGUCAGAGUCUGUCAGGCUUGGAAGUGGAAGGCACAGGUCAGGCGAAAGGGUUCUCCAAAGGUGUCCACAUCUUAAUCCCUGGGACCUGUGAAUGUGUUAACUUUCAUACCAAAAGGGAUUCUGUGGAUGUGAUUAAAUGAAGGAAUUUGAGAUGGGGAGAUUAUCCUGUACUGUGUGAGUGGGGCCAAUGUAAUCCUUAUAUGGGGGGCACAGGAGGGUCAAGGGCAGCGAGAUAGAUGUGGCAAUGGUAGCUGUAGUCUGAGAAGGUCUUUCAAGGUAGAGGAAGUGACUGUGAGCCAAGAAACACAGGUGGCCUCUAGGAGCUGGAGAAGGCAAGGGGAAGUAUUGUUCCUAUACUUCCAGAGGGAGCACAGCCCUGAAAGAACCUUAAUUGUAGCCCACUAAGAAUUGUAAACUUCUGACCUCCAAAAUAGUAAGAUAACAGCUGUGAGUUGUUUUAAGUCACUAAAUCCAUGGUAAUUUGUUAUAGCAGAAACAGGAAGCUAAUCUAGGCUCCUCUAGAGUCCAGGUUAAUGAAAAGGUACCAAGCAGCUACAGAUUUCUCAAAAUUCAAGUAGAAGUUUGGGGAGAAAGAAAUAGAGGACUCUAAAUUACAUAUGCCUUUGGUUACCAUAGACACAACUUUUGAAACAAAGUCAAACAAUCUGAGUUGGCCAUGCAAAUACCUGAACAGCAGAGGCGAUUACACUAUUUUUCAGGCAACCAGGCAUCAAAAGUACUUUCCUGUUUUUCCUUCAAAAUUCCAUGCCAUUAUCUCAUCCACUAACCAAGAAACUGAGAUUUUUGUCCUUGGGAUGACACCUCGCUGCCCCCAUCAGACAGUCACAAACCUCAUGAGACUGGACUUGGUCCUUUACUUUUUUUAUACCCAACAAGGAACUGAGAGCACCCCUGUAGCCUCUCUAAAGGAGAAAGCCCCUAAUUGUGGUGACUGCUCUUUUAUGAAGGGCUGGGAUCAGGUUCAAGGUGUGGUAUAACAUAAGGUUGGAUUCUCCCCUGAGUGUGGCAGGCAUCCACAUCAAUGUGUCCAGCUUCGGAAACGGCAUGACAGAUGGUGGCCAAGCAGCCUAAGAGAUGCAGGCUAGGUCCCAUCAAGCUGUGUCCCAGCACAUUCUGGGGAGGAAGCCGCAGUCAGGAGAGCUUGGCUACUCCUGAUUGGGUAUCUUUAGGUGAGCUAUGCACCUACGAGCCUUAAUGUUGUCAGUGGGACUUUGUAGGGUCUAAUUUCACUGCCUACCCAAUGACCCUGAUGAAGGCACAGUAAGUGUACAAAUAUAUAUCCAAAAAUAAUUCCUCUUAAGGUGUUUUAAGUGUCACCCUUAGUGCCCUUGACAUAGUCACCAGAGCAGCAAAGGAUCCCACUAACAUCUACAUCAGAUGGUGUCAGUGCUCUGAGCCAAAUCCUCUAGUGCUUUCUGACCUUAUCUAUGGUCCUCACAUUGGCCUAUGAGGCCUACCAUGAGCUGCUCGCCUUCCCCCACUCCUUACUAAUCUGACCUCUUCUGCUUUUCCUUACUCCUUCCAUGCCAGCCACAACUGUAUUCUUGCUCCUCUUCUAACUCAGGAGGUCGGCAAACUUUUAAGGGUCAGUAUCUACUUUCAUUCAGUUUUUUGGGCAAUACUGUCUUCAGUGGCAUGACUCAGCUCUACUGUUGUACUGCAAAGGCAGCCAUGGCUGUCAUGGCCAUUCAUAGGCAAAUGAAUGAGUGUGGCUGUGUUCCAAUAAGGUAAUAUCCAACAAGCCAGGGACUGGAUUGGACUGCAGCCUGCUGACCCCUGCUCUAACUCUUGUCACACAUCUGCCUCCAGUUCUCUGCUGCUCCCAGACAUCCACAUGGCUCUCUCCCUUCCUCCUGCAGGUCUUCAUUCAAACACCACCCUCUCAGGAAGCCCUGCUCAGACCACACUAGCACUGCCACCCUGCUUUUGCUCUUAACGCUCAUUUUGGUUAUUGCCUGUGAGCAAUAACGACCAACUAGAAUAGAUUUUUGUCUAUUUUUUUCACCACCAAAUUCCCAGCUGCCUUUUAUAUAGCAGGCACUCUAUAUUAAUUAACUGAGUAAAUCAGGCUUGUUAGAAAAUUUAGAAAAAGGGGAGCCAUUUCAAAAACAACAUCCCAAUGUACCUUAACACAGGAUAAAGGUUUCCAGUAUCUAGAAAAGCCAGGUCAUCAGAUUACAUCAUAAUUAGUGAUGUCAUUGUUGGGAAAACUCUCAUGGCAUUCUCUGAUUUAGGCCUUUCAGCCUUGAAUCCAGGGAGAUUGAGGAACUUUCUGAGAGUGGUACGGUUCUUGACAACAUGUGGGCUCCACCGGCAGCACUCAUACGGGAUGGGCCUGCCAAGACGGUCGGUAACCAGGCCGCCGGGCAGACACAGGCCCUCCAGACUGCCUCCUUAAGGGAUGGCCCGGUGAAGCAGGCCGUGUGGGUUGGCCAUGGUUCAGAGCCACAAGAACCUACUGAAUCAAAGGCAGCCACAGAGAGGCCCAAGAAGGUGGUGACCAAAGCAGUGGUUGUGGACCUGGGCACUGGCUAUUGUAAAUGUGGCUUUGCCGGACUGCCAAGACCCACCCACGAGAUCUCCACAACAGUGGGCAAGCCCUACAUGGAGACCGCUAUGACUGGGGAUAAUCGCAAGGAGACAUUCGUGGGGCAGGAACUCAACAACACAAAUGUUAAUCUCAAGCUAGUUAAUCCUCUGCGACAUGGCAUCAUCGUGGACUGGGAUACAGUGCAGGAUAUCUGGGAAUAUCUCUUCCGACAAGAGAUGAAGAUUGCCCCGGAGGAGCAUGCAGUCUUGGUUUCAGACCCACCGCUGAGCCCACACACCAACAGAGAAAAGUACGCAGAAAUGCUGUUUGAAGCCUUCAACACCCCUGCAAUGCACAUUGCCUAUCAGUCCCGCCUGUCCAUGUACUCCUAUGGAAGAACCUCCGGCCUAGUGGUGGAGGUUGGCCAUGGCGUGUCCUGUGUGGUCCCCAUCUAUGAGGGUUACCCUUUGCCCAGCAUCACCGGAAGACUAGACUACGCGGGCUCUGACCUGACAGCCUACCUGCUGGGCCUGCUGAACAGUGCAGGGAAUGAAUUCACCCAGGACCAGAUAGGCAUCGUGGAGGACAUCAAGAAGAAAUGCUGCUUUGUGGCCCUGGAUCCCACUGAAGAGAAGAAAGUCCCUCUCAGUGAGCAUACGAUGCACUACAUGCUACCGGAUGGAAAGGAGAUUCACCUGGGCCAGGAAAGGUUCCUCUGCUCAGAGAUGUUCUUCAAGCCGUAUCUCAUCAAGUCCAUGCAGCUGGGCCUCCACACCCAGACUGUGUCCUGCCUUAACAAGUGUGACGUCGCCCUCAAACGGGACCUUAUGGGGAACAUCCUGCUCUGUGGGGGCAGCACAAUGCUCAGUGGCUUCCCUAACCGCCUGCAGAAGGAGCUAAGCAGCAUGUGUCCCAAUGACAGCCCACAGGUAAAUGUGUUGCCUGAGAGAGACAGUGCCGUGUGGACUGGUGGCUCCAUCCUGGCCUCACUUCAGGGUUUCCAACCACUGUGGGUCCGCCGCUUUGAGUACGAGGAACAUGGGCCUUUCUUCCUCUACAGAAGGUGCUUCUGAACGGCAAAGAGCAUGGCUGCUGCACUGGCAGUGCAUGCCCUUGGUUGGGCGAGCAUGCUCCUACACAAAGUGGGUGGAGCCGGGGCUUAUUCCUAUAGCAUUAAACACUCCUCACAUGCCCCUC